GUGGUUACAUUGAUAAGCCUUGAUUGGCCUUCUUUUUGUUUGCCAUAUAUAAGACGACUUUGGAGCACUUUUUUCGUUGUAAUUUAAUAUUUUUUCAUGGGUCAUUUUAAACCUUCUCAGCACGUAUUUUGAACAAGGACGAAGUUAGAUUGUCGCACGCGCCUUGCAGCGUUUGGUGAUGGCGAUUUCACUCGAAGCUGUUCAGACGCGCUAGUGGUCAUGUCAGCGCUCCAAUAACUCCUCUCUGUGUAGGGAUGGGGUACGAUGGGGGUACUUGCACGAUGGGGUACGUUAACUUUUAUCAUGUUUUUGUACGCUGCCAAGUGUCCCUUGAGUUGGUGCAGUUCAAUUGAAGCCUGUCUUACAUGGACCGCCCGGGGUAACAUUCAAGCGAAGGCGUCCGACGUAAGUCCAAUUUCUCGUGUCUCUGGCAACGUCUUCCGUUCUGUGUCUCCCAAGCAUUGUGUACACAACAGGUUCGACUUGGUGCUGUAGACCCUCAGUGGGUCCCAAGGAUGUAGGUUCGAACCGGUACAUUGGUGGCAUGGUACAAGUCGUGCCGGUCCUGCUCCGCAAUGUUCGUUAAAGGUGCCACGUUAGAGAACACUUAAAUGGGCAAAGUAAUUCCGGGCACCAACAGUCGUAUGGCAUCGCUCAUGUGAGUCUCGCGACCUCGAAUUAUCCGUGGUGCCCUGGAGAAUCGUCUGCGGGUAAGCCACAUCAGCGCUGGAAGCUGCACUGUCUCUCUUACUACUACUACUGCUUACUACUACAUGCUGUGUACUACUGCUGACCAACUGACCUUUGGUAAUCUACUUUUUUCUUACAGAAAUCACCCAGCGGUGCAAAGACGCCGGUUUCACGUCGCGUGUGUGAACCACUUGGAUCGCGUCGAUGCCUCGCAAUAUCCCGUUCUGUUACCAUGUUAUCUCUCUUAUCUCUCUAACACAUUCUCUCAAAUUCUCAUGACUUGACUGUUCUGUUGUUGCCGUGUUACUAUUCAACACACACUCUCUCAAAUGGUCAUUAUGCGUUUGGUUUUGUAGCGUUCAGGCCCUUUAGUAAGGAUAAACUUUUUGACUUUUUGGGCGUACGCCCUUUCGUGGCAAUCUGGGUAUAUGAUAAUUACGCACCCUUUUUCCUUGGAGUACAGGAAUGUAACGAUCAAUGGUGAUCAAUGUAGCUUCGAUGCAUUUUCCUCCUCAAAUACUCUUUGUUGUUAAGGGAUCACGGUUCCUAAGACACGAAUGACCCCUGCUGGAACCAGCAUCGGAAGCACGGCUGCGACAGCUCCUUCAACCACUACCACCACGCCAGUUCCUAAUACUAUAGGGUUGCCCCAGCAACUACUCUUCUGUGUAGCCGACCGCGUCAUUGGCGGAAUGCCUGACCACGUGUGCACUUUUCUGGUGCUUUCCACGACGGACACCAUCUUUAACGACUGCCAUCACAGCUCUUUCCAACGACUGCUGUCGGACGCCGUUGCUGCUGCUAACACCAUCUAUGGUGUGAGCCUUAAAGAUGCGUCAGUUACAAGCAGCUUACACGUACUGCGAACUGCACAGAACUGUUUCAAGCACUUGUGGGAAAAUUCUAUUCGCAGCUUCGGCACUUUGGAAAUAAUGCUUAGACCAGGCACCACUGACCAGAGCCUAAUCGAUUACAUAUCUUUCAUGGAGGAACUUUCCGAGCUCAGGAAAACCUACAAGGCAGCAGACGAGAAAGGCUACCUGUUUUUAGGUAUAGCGGCUAUAUAUGAGACAGGUGGGACGGACCCAACCACCACUUUCAAAGGUCACUUCGACAGGCUCAUGGAAACCAAGCCGGAUAUUCUGCUUUUUCGAACUACCGACAUCAGGGCCUUACCCACUCACGGUCAGAAGUUCUACACCGAGGGUCCGUCCGUAUGGGCACACUCGGAGAUUCAAGCGAAUUUUCAUGACGCGCUGAGGCUGCGAGCUUCAGUGACUGUACCUCCCGGUACGAGGGAACUGCUGUCUGUCUCUGUGGCGGCAUUCAAAUUGUCUUAUUAUUUCAUAUAUAACGGUUAUGAUGGGAUUGGUGCUAGAGAUGUCAACGUCGGCUCGAGGGUCGGCUUGAGCACCGUUCUCUGUCGUGGAGGAGACAACUACGACGCUUUCCACAAAGAACCAGAACACCAGGACAAGUCUAGAAUACAAUAUAUGAGGAGAGCUUAUUCCGUGAAGAGCAUGGUAAUACAUGAUACGGAUUGGACACUCUCCAUAAAGAUAUGCAAGUCUUUGAAAGAGCAUAACUUCACCGGUGGGUUCGCCGUGUUCGACGUGGAGUUACCGCAAGAGUCGAAGGAAAUGUGUGAUUCAAACCCCCAUUAUAAGGACCUGCAAACAGUUAAACUAAUCGAGCUUCUCAUGACAAAAUCUUGGAAAACGUGUGAUACCUUUGCGUGAGACCAGAAUCUGGUUGUCUCUGCGAAGGAAGACCUAAUGUAGGCUGUCCAGGCUUGUAAUAUAAAACAAUGCCCUAUCCCAGCGAUAGGCAUAUAGUAUCA